CGAUUAUUCGAACUUUUACUGUCUUAAGAAUUUAGCUACAUUUCUUUAUCAACUGCAUGUUAUGCAUUAUGAAGCUUUUAAACUAGCAUUCGAUAUUUUUCACACGUGAUUGUGUCUUUGGUUAUGUUUGGCUUUGUGUUUACGCGACAACAUGUUUUCGAACAGAAAGAAAAUUUGAGCAGAACUAAACAGAACUCUGUAAAUUGAAUGUGAUUCACUUGUGUUUGUAAUAAGUUACGUUCUUACACGAUGGAUACAGAACGAUUACUUAAGAAGAAGAAACGGGUCAAGCGAGAUGGCAAUCUUCAGCAGUGGGCUGAAGUUGUUAAAGAACUUGGAGACUUAUACUUUGAAACUGGAAAGUUAGAAGAUGCUUUACAAGAGUAUACAGAACAGUUAGAGGUUUGCAGUAUCUUAGAAGACAAACUGAACAUCGCUGUAGCCCAUAGAAUGAUAGGAGAGAUACAUGCAGAUCGUGGCAACUAUGAGGAAGCGUUGAAGUAUCAGAACCACUAUUUGGAAGGAGCCAAGGAGAUAAACAAUUUAUUAGAGGAACAACGAGCUUAUGCUACUCUAGGUAGGACAUACUUUUGCUGGGCUGAAAGCUUACCUGAAAAGUCUGAGAAGAAAACUGAAGUUCUCAUAAAUGCAAAGAAAGCAUAUGUGAAGAGUAUACGACUUUGCAACAAAUUGGGGGAUACAGAUAUAGACUUGAAAGAAUUGAUUACAAUGCGAGCACGGUUGCUAUUAAAUCUAGGUUUGGUACUAGAAACUCAGAAGGAGCACCAACAGGCUGUCGAUUUAAUGGAGAAAGCUGCUGCAUUAUGCGAAACACAUAACUUGCAAGAAGAUUUUCAUAGAACACAAAUUGCUCUGGGUGGAAUUUAUGAUCGGCAACGCAACUAUGAUUCAGCGUUAAAACACUUUGAAACUGCCACUGAAGUUGAUAAUCCGUCUUUGAAAGCUGAAGCUCAAUUGUUACAAGGAGAAUUACUUUUAAGAAUGGAAAGAUGGAGUGAAUCACGCAAGAUAUUGGUUUCCCUUUAUGUUACAGAUAACUUACCUCAAAAUGUUAAAAACCAAGUAGAAAAAACUCUCAGAAUAGUGGCAACAUUGAACGCGACUGAGGAAGCUCUAAAGACAGAAGAAAGUAUAAGCGGCAGACUGAAGCUUUACGAAAAUCUAGGAGAUGCUGCUGUUGCUGUGCAUUGUUUCGAGAAAGCCAUCGAUUAUUACAGAAAGAUGCUUAAAUGCGCGGAAGAAAUCAAAAGCGAUCGUAUAGAUGCAGCUUUGUUAAGUCUAGCGCAAACUUUAAAGGAUGUAGGACGAUACAACGAAGCGUUAGAUUUUGCACACAGGGAACUAAAACUUUGCACGGACUCGCGUGAAAUUUGUAGAUCUGCGUUAUUCUUAGCAGAUUUAUUGGUAGCCACUAAAGCGACGGACGAUCAAAUUCAAGAAAUUUACGAUUUAGCUUGGAAUAAUGCAAAAGUUUGUGCUGAUGUUUCUUUGGAAGCGUCCGUCUUAAAAGAACAAUUGAAUUAUUUUAUCAACUCUGGAAAAACCGAAGACAUAAAAAUGAUCCAGGAGAAACUGGAUAUGCUGGAAGAAGCAUCCAAUUGUUCCGAUAGCGAAGACGAGUUAGAAGAAAAUGAUAUUGGUGCAAACAUUUGCUUAGAAGAUUUGUCGGAUGUAGAAACUGAAUUGAGAGCUAAAGAAAAUGGUAGAAUAAAUAGAAAACGAACCAAAAGAAAACUGGUUACGAUAAAAAAAAAUGAAAAGGGCGAAACACUGCUUCACGUAGCUUGCAUUAAUGGAAAUAUCGAAGCUGUAGAAAAAUUACUGGUGGAUGGUCAUCCAUUGGAUGUUAGAGACAAUUUUGGGUGGACUCCUCUUCAUGAAGCUGCUAAUCACGGAUUCGUGGAGAUUGCCAAGUUAUUGUUACAGCACGGUGCGAACGUGAAUGAUCCUGGAAGCAUCAUGUGUCAAGGAGUCACACCUCUUCAUGAUGCAGCAUCUUGUGGCAAUCUUUCUAUGAUGAGACUUUUAAUGGAACACGGAGCAAAUGUGGAACUUGUAGCGAAUGAAGAUGAUACUGUAUUAGAUUGUUUAGAGCAGUGGAAAGAUCGUGUUGAUUAUUUGUCUUCCGAUGACGAAGCUGACUACAACGAAAUGCAUAAAAGAUUGUCUGCUCUCAUACCAGCGAACAAAAGGAAGAAAUGCAAACAAUCAAAUAAAUCGUCACGCAGUUUAAAAAGUUUAAUCGAUGAUCGGAACAGUAACGUGGAGAAAGUAUCCGCUGGUGAAGAUUAUAAAAGAACUAUAGCUAGUUUAAAGCAUAGGAGUGACCCAAUCGGAGCAACUUUGACUCGUGCUAAACGCAUCGUAAAUCCACUUUUGAACAACGAGGAGGUCCUUUUGGAUGAUUGGUUGGAGGACGAUAUUAACGAAAGCAUUAGUGACAAAAGAUGUUCAGAUGAAAGAAAUGUAACUUUAACAAUAAAAAGGAAGUCGAGUAACGGUGAUAUCGAUCAAGAGCAGAAUUUAAAGCGGCAGAGAACAAAGAUUCAAAGUCCUAUAGUAAACGAUGAAGAACUUGAUCUAACAGAGGAAGAAAGUAAUGAUAGUAGUAAUACCGAAAUAAUCAAUUCUUUUGAAGUACGCAAAUUUCGGAAGAAAAAACAACAGAUGUCUUUAUUAUCAAUUGGUUUUACGAAAGACCCCGUUUCUCGAACACCUUCACCCGUAAACUCUUCUCCCGCGGAAUUUGACUUAAAAGAAGCUGAUUUGAUAAUAAAAUCUAUCAUCUUAAAUGUUUCUAUCGAGGGGAAAGUAUUCCAAACACAGGCGGAACUCUCAAAUACAUCGAAACCAUCGGUGCAAAAUAUUUUAACAGAUAUCGAAAAGAAAUUUUAUGAUGACAGCGGGUGUAGAGCGAAGCUUGAUUUAAAAACUAUGAAUGGCAUCACGAUAAAUUCCAAUAAUGUAUUUACGAUUUUGAACGAAGGAGAUAUUAUUAAGAAUUUUAAAUGUGAGGUGAUUGAAUUGGAGACACCGUCCAUCGUUGAACGAUAUAGGACUAUUUGUACAACUCAUAACAUAGAUGUUCGUGAAUUCAUAUCAAAGUGUUUGAAGUCGUGCGAGAAUACGCUCAUCUUACGGUUAAAGCAGGAUAUCAGUAAAAAAGAACUCGUGUGCGUGUUAAAAACCUUAGAAUAUCAAAAGAACGUUCAAAUAUUAGAUAUGUCCAAUAAAGAAUUGCACGAAGCAGGGGAUAUUCUGAAUGACUGUAUUUUGAAGUUGUCGACCUUGCAAGAAUUGUGCCUUCAAGGAUGUGAUAUUGAUUCGAUGUGUUUAAGUAAAUUACAAAAGCUACCCUCGCAACUUAAAUUUCUAGAUCUCAGUUAUAAUCCACUUGGAUCAGCAAGCGAAGAAGCACUUUGUAAACUCAUAAUUCCUUUGACUCAACUUCAAACUCUAAAUUUACGAUAUUGUCAACUGCCUAACAUCCGAUUUCUUUCAAGUAAUAGUACCUUGGUGAAUUUGGACGUUUCUUGGAAUAAUUUGAAUGGAAAUGAACUUUGUUCCUCCUUACAGAGACAGUUGCUUAAUUUAAAUUUGUCAUGUACAGCUGUUUCAACUAAAUUUAACUUAGUCAAAAGCAUUUUUAAUAAUACGAAUGUUUCGUUCACAAACUUGGAAUGUUUAGAGCUCGUUGAAUGUGAUUUAUUGGAUUCUAAUGUAAGAAAUAUUUUAUCGCAAGCGUCGAAUCUUUCUAAACUGGUGCUCAGAGGAAAUAGAGACGUAGGUAGCCAAUCUUUGAAUUUCUUAUUAAAUCACACACCAACACUGAGACAUAUCGAUAUCAGUGGAUGUGAAACUAUUGCUACGUAUCCUGAUACAGAAGUAUUUAUUGAGAAUCCAGAAGUUUGUACUUUAAUUUCAAGUAUGUCUUCUGACGUGUACGAGUGUUGGGUUUGUUUGUGGCGAAGGAAAGGUAUUGCGAGAAGAUUAUCACACAAUCUUGUGAUUGUUAAACCUAUGACGUAUUGAGAAUUGUUACUUUUACAUGUACAGUACUUAUAUAUUUUGUAUGCAAUUUGUAUAGGGUAGUUUAUUGGAAUACAACAUUUUUAUACAUAUAGAACUGGAUAUUUAACUAAUUUUAUAUAAUUUUUAAUAAAAUGUUUCAUUCAAAUAAUUUUAAAAA